AUGACUAUCUCUCCGACCAGGCACUCUGACCGGCCAUCUCCACAAAGUCAGAAGACCCCUGGCUCAAACUCGAUUGAGAGAAUCCCCAUUGCUUCGAGGCUAGGCCCAGUUUCAACUGAGGUCAGAUUUGAAGAUGUUGAGUUUCAAACCGAUCCUGGGUCUCAAAGAGAUAGAUUACCAGCGAAAGACAGGAUUGGGAAAGCACUGGCAAGCCCAUUAUCAGCUGCUGCAGGGAAGAAAAGGAAACCGGGAAGACCCCCAGGACCCAGGAAAGUAGUCUCGAGUCCGGUCCCCAACCUUCCUUCAGGCUCACGCAAACGAAAACUUCAUGUGGAGAAGCCCCCAACAGGUCGGAAGAAACAAAAUUCGGAUGGAGAGAGGCCUAGGAAAACAGUCAAGCAAAGUAUGCAAAAAGGGAAGAACAUCAGGAAAGGAGCUUCUACAGGAACCCCGUCGUCUUCAGACAACGUUCCGAUCGUCAACAUGAUCCCACCCAGGAAACAAUUCUACUCGUCCUUUGUUCACGGAAGUACGGAUAAGAAUCAGAGGAAUCAUCUUUGGGAUGUUCUUGUGACAAAGGCGACUAUAAGAGAGGAUGCUUGGUUUAUUACAGGUGACUUUAACAACCUACUCUGUUCGGAGGAGAAGGAGGGGGGCCAGGAACGCCCGGAGGGUUCUUUCACAGAUAUGAGAACCUUUUUCUCGGAAGGUGAUUUGUUUGAUCUGCAACACUCAGGUGACCCACUAUCGUGGAGAGGACAACGAGGUGAUCACCUAGUGAGGUGUAGAUUGGACAGAGCUGCUGCUAAUACGCUUUGGGCAGAACGCUUCCCUACGGCUAGAUGCCAAUACCUUGAAGCUGAUCUUACCUCUGAUCAUAAACCUCUCCUAUCUUUCUUUGAUAAGGGUGGUCGAAGAAGGCGUGGAAACUUUAGAUACGAUCGCCGUUUGUGUAAGAAUGAAGAGGCACGGAAGAUGAUUUCGAAUGCUUGGCGUGGAGCAGGGCAGGCCUCUGUCAGAGACAAGCUGGCGUCUACCCGGAGUGCAAUCUCGGCCUGGAAUAAGACCCAACACAGAAACAGUCAAGAAGUAAUCCAGCAACAGAAAACGGCUCUCAAUGCUGCAUUGUCUAGCCCGGUGAACGAUAUUGAUUUGAUACAAGUCAUAGCUGCAAAGCUGAAUGCGGCUUACUCGGCGGAGGAGGAAUACUGGAGACAACGGAGCCGAGCAUUAUGGCUCAAGCUGGGAGACCGCAAUACCGGCUAUUUCCAUGCGACCACCAAGAACAGAAAGAGAAUAAAUGGGUUUUCGGUGAUAGAAAGGGAGGAUGGUCAAAUGGUACAUAAGGAGGAGGAGAUUGUCCAAGUGAUUGGGGAUUAUUUUCAAAAAAUGUUCUCAUCACUACCAGGGGAAAGAGAGGACAUUGUCAACCGGGCGCUUCAGCCACUUCUCACAGGCGAGGAGAAUGACUCGCUGAUAGCUGUUCCCACCUCAGGGGAAAUUCGCGAUGCUGCUUUCUCCAUUAAUGCUGAAAAAGCCCCGGGACCAGAUGGCUUCUCGGCGGGUUUUUUCCAUACUCAUUGGGAAGACGUAGGGCCGGAUAUAGUGAAGGAGGUACAAGGUUUCUUCAGGGGGGAACCACUACCGGAGCUCAUCAAUGAGACUAACAUCCGCCUCAUCCCAAAGAUUCCCAACCCACAGAAGGUCUCGGACUACCGCCCUAUUGCUUUAUGUAAUGUUUAUUACAAAAUCUUCUCCAAGCUACUCACACGUCGCCUCCAGCCCCUGUUGAGUAAGCUGAUUUCGGUAAAUCAAUCCGCCUUUGUCCCAGGAAGAGCUAUAGGGGACAACAUUCUGAUUACUCAUGAGGUGUUGCAUUACCUCAACACGUCGCAGGCUGAACAACGAUGUGCGAUGGCUGUCAAGACUGACAUGAGUAAGGCGUAUGACCGGCUCGAGUGGGAGUUUAUAUCGCUGGUCAUGGUUCGAUUGGGAUUCCACCAAGAUUUUGUCAAAUGUGUAAUGCAAUGUAUCUCAUCGGUUACAUACUCCUUCCUCAUUAACGGCUUGCCUAGAGGGAAGGUAGUACCGAGUAGGGGAAUCCGCCAAGGAGACCCCCUUUCUCCCUACAUAUUCAUAAUGUGUAGUGAGGUUCUCUCGGGAUUAUGUAACCAAGCAAAAGAGGAUGGUUCUCUGCAAGGGAUAAGAGUGGCAAGAGGCUGCCCUCGGAUUAAUCAUCUCCUCUUUGCUGAUGAUACUAUGUUCUUCCUUGAAACCACUCAAGGAAACUGCAGCGCACUUACUGACAUUCUUACCAAGUACGAGAGCGCGUCUGGCCAAACUAUUAGUAAGGAAAAAUCGGCUAUCACAUUUUCCCGACGUACCCCGGCAGCGAUUAAAGAAAUGGUCAAGGAAGAACUGCAAAUCCAAAAAGAGGGGGGAACCGGAAAAUAUCUUGGCUUACCGGAGCAAUUUGGUAGGAGGAAACAUGAUAUUUUUUCCUCCAUUGUGGACAGGAUAAAACAAAAGGCCCGGGGAUGGUCUAACAAGUUUCUCUCCUCAGCAGGUAAGAUGGUGAUGCUGCAAAGUGUACUUUCAGCAGCCCCUUCCUACUCCAUGUCCCACUUUGCUCUUCCUGUGUCUUUAUGCAAAAGAAUCCAGUCCACUGUGACGAGAUUCUGGUGGGAUAAUAAUGAACAUACCAGGAAAAUGGCGUGGGUUUCAUGGGAUUCUAUGGCCAAACCAAAAGCUCUGGGGGGACUUGGUUUCCGGGAUUUCCAAGUGUAUAAUGUUGCCCUCCUGGCUAAGCUGAGCUGGAGACUAGUUCAAAAUCCAGACUGCCUUCUGGGUCAAGUUCUUUUGGGAAAAUACUGCACUGAAAGCAAUGUCCUAACGGCCACAGGACCUUCUAACAUGUCCCAUGGAUGGCGGAGCGUGCUUGUCGGACGGGAUCUUCUGAUUAAAAAUUUGGGCUGGGUGGUUGGAAAUGGACAAGAUAUCAAGGUCUGGGAUGACCCUUGGCUGAGCUUCUCCAAACAGGUACGCCCAAUGGGACCACCGCAGGAGAGCACGGUUGAGUUAAGGGUUUCGGACCUCAUGUGCCCGGGGACCUGCGAGUGGGAUGCGACAAAAAUCCACAGUUGGCUGCCUAUGUAUGAAGAGACUAUUCGAUGUAUCAAGCCAAGCCAAUCUGGGGCUCUAGAUAGGAUUAUUUGGCUGGGUACAAAAUCAGGAGUUUACUCGGUGAAGUCUGGAUAUUAUAGUGCUGUGGACGAGGGUGACUUUACCCCUGCGGGACCGGCCAUCGCUUCUGUAAACUGGAAGCAGUCUGUGUGGCAACUGGCCUGUGCACCAAAGGUGAAGAUGUUUGCGUGGAAGCUACUCAAGGGCGCUCUGCCGGUGGGAGAAAGGCUGGUGGAAAGACAUGUCCCAGUUGAUCCAGCCUGUAAGCGAUGUGGUGAAGCUGAAUCUAUUAAUCAUCUGUUUUUCCAAUGUGCUUUUGCCAGGAAAGUGUGGCUUAAUGCGCCUUUCUCAACGGCUCCGGAUUUCAGUGGAUUACUAGAUUUAGCGGGGAUGUGGACGGAUCUUUGUUCCAUUACUUGCUUGCCUCCUUCGGGGAUCACUGCUGGGUCACUUGCGCCUUGGAUUUUAUGGAGUAUUUGGAAGGAGCGCAAUAAGUUCGUGUUUGAAGGUACCUCAGCCUCAGCAGAAAGUACGCUAUCAAAAGCAAUUGGAUUAGCCAGAGAAUGGAUUUGUGAACCGAAAAUGAAGCCAUCGCCGAGUGGUUUGGUUGAACCAAUCCACCAUCCCCCACCUCCUAACACGGUCACGAUCCGAUCUGAUGCUGCGUGGAAGGGUCAAGGGAACAGAGCGGGUGUGGGAUGUUUCCGUAUAGCCCCGUCAGGAACUAGAUCCAUUAGCUCCUGCAUUCCUUUUGUAGCUUCGACGAUCAUGGCGGAGGGUUUGGCUCUACUUGAAGCAGUGAAGAUGGGCAUCUGCGACAACUUGAAGGCGAUACGUUUUGAAUCUGAUUCCUCGCAACUGAUUAAAGCGGUUAACUCAGGGGACUGCAUACCUGAACUCUAUGGAGUGGUGUCGGAUAUCCUCUCCCUCAUCUCUGUGUUUGAUUUUGUUUCUUUCACUUGGAUUCCUCGUGAGUUUAAUAUCCAAGCAGACAGACUUGCUAAAGCUGCCUUGGCUGUAACCGAUCCGGUGGUGGUUGUAGGAGUGUUUAUUCCUCCCAACUAA